CAUAAUUUUGGCCGUGCAAUUGAUUUUCCAUCUCUCACACGCGGCAUUCGCAAAAUCGAGUUGUCGCAAAGUGAAUGAAAGUAACAAAAGUGAGCCAAAUAUGGACAAUUUGGAGGAUUUUUCUGCAAUUGACAUUGUUACGUUCGUAACUGAGGAACUACAGCAAAAUUACCGAAGCAGCAAUGCCAACAGAACGAAAGUCUUUGAAGAAUUUCUCGAGCGCUGGGACGCAAACGACAACUCCAUUGCAAAGGUGAAAUCUUUACACUUUGAAUUCGAGCCUGAUUUGGAUUGGUUCAAUGUCAGCAGGCCGUUGACACUGGCUGGACUACACGGUAAAAUAGUCGUGUUGGAUUUCUUUACAUACUGCUGCAUUAACUGUAUGCAUGUGUUACCCGAGCUGCGUGCUCUGGAGGAGAGGUUUCCCGUUGAGAGCGGACUUGUCGUUGUGGGAGUACAUAGCCCCAAAUUCGAAAACGAGCGUACUGCGGCAAACAUCCUUUCUGCAGCGCAGCGAUAUGGCAUAAAGCAUCCCAUAGUAAACGACUCCAAGUCCGCAUUGUGGCGGGCGCUGAGCAUACGCUGUUGGCCUUCGCUAUUGGUUUUAAGUCCCAGCGGCCUGCCGAUGUUGUUGUUAAUGGGCGAAGGUCACGGCGAGUUUCUGCACGACUUUGUUGGCGCGGCUCUAUCAUUUUUUGGCCGGCAACAAAAGAUCGACGCCUUCAGUCUGCCGCUCCACCUGUCAACAGAUCUGCUUCCCGCAUCUAAUCUGCGUUUCCCAGCAAAAAUUGCUAUGUUUAACGACUACUAUGCCAUAGCUGAUGCUGGCAACAAUCGCGUGCUAGUUGUGACAACUUCUGGAGUAGUAGAGUAUAAGGUUGGCGGACUCGAGGCCGGGUUUGUGGACGGCAAUUUAAAUACGGCACGAUUUAAUAAUCCUCAGGGAGUAGCGUUUCUCGAUAAAGAUACACUAAUAGUAGCUGAUACCGAUAAUCAUGCACUUCGGCAAAUUUCGCUGAAAAGUGGAGCUGUAGAAACACUAGCUGGAACCGGAUGCCAGGGCAACGACCGCACCGGAGGAAAACUGGGACCGUUGCAGCCAAUAUCGUCGCCCUGGGAUGUGAGUGUAUUCCGCACUCGAGACAUGGAUAUGUCCUUCCACGUAGACGAGCUAAAUGUACCAGAGAAACCAAUUGUACUGAUAGCCAUGGCUGGCACGCAUCAGAUUUGGGGCUAUUUUCCCGAGGGUAUUAUUUGGUGGAAGUUUCGCAAAUUCGAGCCACGUUGCUGUGUGUCAUUAAUAGGCAACGGCCUUGAGGAGAAUCGCAACAACUCCUAUCCACAGAACGCCGCAUUUGCGCAGCCCUCCGGCUUGGCUAUGUCCAACGACUACUUGUUUAUAGCAGACAGCGAAAGCUCUAGUAUACGAAAAGCUUCAAUGGUCGACGGCAAAGUCAUGCCCGUGGUUGGGGGGGAUCGCAACCCGUUGAAUCUAUUUGCGUUUGGAGAUGAAGAUGGCAAACUUUACAACGCAAAACUUCAGCAUCCAUUGGGCGUUGCGUUCAACCAAAUAGAUCGCAAGCUUUAUGUAGCCGACACAUUUAAUCACAAGAUAAAGGUAAUCGAUACUGACACAAAUAUAAUUUCAACGUUGGUCAUCAAGAACACAGAUGACAGCAUCCUGGCACUUAGAGAGCCAUCUGGAAUUUGCGUCGAUGCCGAAGGAAAUAGAUUAUUAAUUGCUGACACAAAUAACCACACCAUUCAUAUAAUUGAUUUGGCUACGCAUACGGCCCAACCAUUUUUGCUGGACUUUAAGCAAAUUUCUAGCACCAGCGAAACGGACGCACCUCUUACUUCAUUAAGAGGCGUUGGCGCACAGCUGGUUAAGACUAUUCCUUUGCUCCAGCAUAGAGGCAGCACUAUAAACUUCUCCAUGAGGCUUUCGUCGGACCUUAAGUUCACAGCCGAUGCUCCACAAAAGUGGACUAUGAAAAUUAUAAAUCCGGCUUUGGAAAUGAAACAAACAUGUGGAAAAUUAACUGAAGGAAAGUGCAGUUUGCAUAUAAGGCAUUUGGAAAAUAUUGCGUCUGAAACAGCUAGCGAAGCUAAUCAAACUGUUUUGGUAAUUGAAUUUGCGCUGAGCCUUUGUGACGCAAAAAGCUGCCUUAUGAAGAAAUUCACGGUUUCCAUUGUAAGUGAACGUGCCGUAGAAGGUUCGCCUCUUCCUUCCAGUGUCAGUGUUGGUGAUGAUACACUUAACGCAGAUAUUGGCGUAUAUAUAAAUCAGUCUAAUAUUAAUUUGUGUUAAUAAAAGAAAGGUCCCUGAUUAGACAGUUU